CCAUAAUUCGGCAGUGGCAAGAAGGCAAAAGAAAACUUUUGAGGGGGGAAAGUUUUCUCUCACCGCUCUCGGUUUCCCACGAACGGGGUUUGGCUGCUCCAACGAAGAACUGGUUUGCCACUCCCAAGGGAGCUGGAAUCCUUCUCUGGGGCGCGCUCAGCGCGUUCCCGACGGCUGGUGUUAGUGGAGAAAAGAGGUGGUGCCCUUUUUUUUUUAACGCAGUGGAAAGGGCUUGAAAAGUUGAGUUGUAAAGAAAAGUAGGAAGGGGGAGAGAAAUUGCGAAAGCGAAGAGGGCGCGCUUGGAAGACGGUUGGAGAGAUCCUCGCCCACCUCCUUCCUCUCCCUGGAUUCAGCCGAGCCAUGAGCCGGGAUUUGCAAUGAAAAACAAUGGGGCCCUUUUCCAGCCCCUCCUGGCUUUCCAUGGGGCUCCUCUUGGUCUCGAUCCGGCCGGGCGCUUGCAGUACAGAAGUAUGCACAGGGACAGACAUGAAGCUGCAGCAACCUUCCAGCCCAGUAAACCAUUAUGCCACACUCCGACGACUCUACGAGAACUGCCGCGUUGUUCAAGGCAACUUGGAGAUCACCUAUCUGCCAGCUGAUGCGGACACCUCCUUUCUUAUGGACAUCCGAGAGGUCCAGGGGUAUGUGCUGAUUGCAAAGAACCACGUGCGUCACUUGCAGCUAAACAGCCUCCUCAUCAUUCGAGGGACACAGUUAUAUGAGGAAAAAUAUGCUCUGGCUGUCCUUGAAAAUGCCGAACCCAGCGAGAAUGUAGGACUGCAGGAGUUGGGCAUGUUGAAGUUGACAGAGAUUCUGAAAGGAGGAGUAAUUGUUGAUGAAAAUCCACAACUGUGCUUCCAGGAGACCAUUGACUGGAACGACAUCUUCCACAAACACAAUUAUUGGCACAACCACACACUGAUCAGUACCCGUCGCCGUCGGAUGUGCCCUGACUGCAGAAGCAUCUGCCUCAAUGGCCACUGCUGGGGUGAAUCAAAACAAAGCUGCCAAACAAUGACCAGCAAAAUCUGCGCCAGCAGCUGUCCAAGGUGCAAGGGGCAUCUCCCCACAGACUGUUGCCAUGAGCAAUGUGCGGCAGGCUGCACAGGACCCAAGCACUCCGAUUGCUUGGCCUGCCUACACUUCAACCAUAGUGGGAUCUGUGAACUGCACUGCCCUCUCUUCUUCCACUACAUUCAGGACAACUAUGAGUCCGUACCCAAUCCGAAUGGGCGCUAUACCUUUGGAGCCACGUGUGUCACCGAAUGUCCUUAUAACUACUUGACCGCAGAGGUUGGCUCCUGCACUUUGGUGUGUCCGAAGAACAGCCAGGAAGUAACCGUGGGCACCGUUCAGAAGUGUGAGAAAUGCAGCAAACCCUGCUCAGAAGUCUGCUAUGGCUUGGGGAUGGAUUUCCUGAAAGGAGUCCGGGCUGUCAAUGCCUCUAACAUCAAGCAUUUUGUCGGUUGCACCAAGAUCUUUGGCAGCUUAGCUUUUCUUAAAGAGACCUUUCUAGGGGAUCCUGCCACUAAUACCCCACCUCUGGCUCCCGAACAGCUUCAAGCCUUUGAGAAACUGAAGGAUCUAACUGGCUUCUUGUACAUUGAAUCCUGGCCAGAAACUCUCCCAGACUUGAGCCCCUUCCAGAACCUCCAGGUGAUUCGGGGAAGAGCGCUCUACAAUGGGGCGUACUCUCUGACUUUGCAAAACCUCUCCAUCUCAUCGUUGGGCCUGCGUUCUUUGCAUGAGAUCAGCAGCGGAAUGGUCCUUAUCCAUCACAACCCCCAUCUCUGCUUCAUCCAGAAUGUGCCUUGGGAAGUCAUUUUCAGAAACCCUCGACAGAUGCUCUUCCAUAAUGACAACAAGCCCGCGGAACAGUGUGAGCUCCAUGGUCAGGUGUGCUUCUCCCUCUGCUCCCAAGGGCACUGCUGGGGACCUGCGGCAACUCAGUGUGUGUCCUGCAGUGGGUUUCUGCGCGGAGAAGAAUGUGUUGAGAGUUGCAGAGUUCUGGAUGGAGAUGUACGAGAACAUGUCAAUGGAACUCAGUGCCUUCCAUGCCAUCCGGAAUGCUUGCCCCAAAAUGGGACGGAGACCUGCUAUGGAUUGGAGGCACAGCAAUGUGUGGCUUGUGCCCAUUAUAAAGAUGGCCUCUCCUGUGUGGAGCGAUGCCCCAGCGGCGUGAAGGUCGAUGCCUCUUUUGUGCCCAUAUGGAAGUAUCCGGAUGAGGAAGGCAUCUGUCAGUUCUGCCCAAUCAAUUGCACCCACUCGUGCACGUUACGGGAUGAACUUGGCUGCCCACUGGAUCAGAAGCCAAGCCAAGCAACAUCCAUCAUUGCUGGUGUGGUGGGUGCUGCACUUGCCCUGGUCCUCUUCUUUCUUAUCAUUAUCUGUAUCAAUCGGCGGAAACAGAAGGAGAGGAAACAUACAAUGCGGCGUCUCCUGCAGGAGACAGAGCUGGUGGAGCCCUUGACCCCCAGUGGUGCCCUUCCUAACCAGGCUCAGAUGCGCAUUCUCAAGGAGACGGAGUUGAAAAAAGUCAAGGUUUUGGGAUCUGGCGCUUUUGGGACUGUCUACAAGGGUGUUUGGAUUCCAGAUGGUGAAAGCGUGAAGAUCCCAGUAGCUAUUAAAGUUUUGCGGGAAAAUACUUCACCCAAAGCCAACAAGGAGAUUUUGGACGAAGCUUAUGUUAUGGCUGGCGUGGGCAGCCCGUAUGUCUCACGGCUGCUGGGAAUCUGCCUGACGUCCACUGUGCAGCUGGUCACACAGCUGAUGCCAUAUGGCUGCCUGCUGGACUAUGUACGGGAAAACAAAGACCGCAUUGGGUCCCAGGACCUCCUGAACUGGUGUGUGCAGAUAGCAAAGGGGAUGAGCUACCUGGAGGAUGUCCGUCUGGUUCAUCGGGAUUUAGCUGCCCGGAACGUCUUGGUGAAGAGCCCCAAUCAUGUCAAGAUCACAGACUUUGGCUUGGCCCGGCUACUGGACAUAGACGAGACAGAAUAUCACGCAGAUGGAGGAAAGGUGCCCAUCAAGUGGAUGGCUCUGGAAUCCAUCUUGCGCAGACGUUUCACCCACCAAAGUGACGUGUGGAGCUAUGGUGUCACUGUAUGGGAACUGAUGACAUUUGGUGCCAAACCGUACGAUGGUAUCCCAGCCCGAGAGAUCCCUGAUUUACUGGAGAAAGGAGAACGGUUGCCCCAGCCCCCCAUCUGCACCAUUGAUGUCUACAUGAUCAUGGUGAAAUGUUGGAUGAUUGACUCAGAAUGCCGGCCCAAGUUCCGGGAACUGGUCACAGAGUUCUCGCGGAUGGCCAGGGACCCACAGCGCUUUGUGGUCAUCCAGAAUGAUGAUGCGAUGGGCCUAGCCAGUCCCAUUGACAGCACUUUCUACCGCACUUUGCUAGAGGAGGAAGACAUGCAAGAUUUGGUGGAUGCUGAAGAGUAUCUCGUUCCCCACCAGGGCUUCUUCAGUACUGAGAUGUCAUCUGAUUACCGAUCCAGGAUCCCCUCAACCAGAAGUGCCACAGAAACGCAAACGCAUACAGAGGAGGUGGAGACGGAGGCAUCAGCUCAGUAUCCCUAUCUGGGCCCUGAUCUCCCAGAACACUUAGAACCCAUCUCCCUCCACUCACUGGAGGACGACUACACAGGCAGGAAGCUACUGCGGAUGCCGCCACUGCUGCAGGAGCCUGGCAGUCUCCAGCGCUACAGCGAAGACCCUACCAGUACUUUGAUGAAUGACAAUGAGAGUCUGGAAGCCAAGAACUACAGUUCACCUCUACCCUGUGGUGUUGUUCCAGAGUAUGUGAACCAAUCAGAGAACAGCCUCUCACCUAGCAAAAGCCUGCGAACUCCAGGAUCGACACUGGAAAAGCCAAAGGGUCAUUUGGGCAAGAACGGGCUCAUCAAGGAACCAAAGAGUGCCUUCCACAGCAGCUUCCCCAAUGUGGUGGAGAACCCAGAGUAUCUGACACCACGUAACCUCCCUGUGGCUGGCCCAUUGCCACAAGCGUUUGACAACCUCUAUUAUUGGAAUCAGGAGACCCCCAAGAGCCACCCGGCAGAAUUCUUUCCCACUUCUGCUUCUCCUGCUGCCACUAACAGCUUCACCACAACCCCGACCGUGGAGAACCUGGAGUACCUUGGCCUAACAGAAUCGGUCACUCAUUCCAAUGACUUACCAGCCUAAAGGGCCUCCUUCCCAUUCACCAGUGAAAUCUACUUUCACAAUCCAGGCAGCUCAGGACUAUGAAUGCACAUAAGAUGGCAGGGAUCCCUUAAGGCUUUGGCAGCCCUCUUUGGGCCAAGCAAGCCUGUUCUUCCUCCUAGCAGCUGGGCUAAGCAAGCCCCCAUCGUGCAAUUUGAACAAAGAAGGCUGUGGUAUGGCAAGGAAACAAAAUGGAGGGUUUGUUCAACCUGCCCUUGUCAGUCCCUGCCUUUCUUUUCCUGGAUCUCAAGACAAAAAGGAGGUCAGGAAAAGAACUAAAGAAUCAGAACAGUGGAAUGGUUUUUGAAACUUUUGAGGGCUUUCUUAAUGGAGGAUUUUUUUAUAAGAAAAAACAAAGUCCAAUUGUGAGCUUAUCUUGGAAUCUUUGUUGGUUUAUUUUUAUGGCAGUGGCGAAAAAGGAAUAUUUGACCCUGACAAGUUCAGAAAAUACUGACAUCCAAGGGGUUAUGGUGAAAUAAUCUGUGGUGGAAUGGACACAAAAUUCCUCUCUAGUGAGGGUGGGAGGAGAUGACUUUGUCAAGUGACAAAAGCAAACUGUGGUGUGUUUUUUCUCAAUAUCAAAAGAAAAUUCCAGAAGGGUCAGAUGAGGAACUGAAAUUGUCUUUGAUUCAUGUUAUGAGCAGUUUGGCUUGAAGAGAAUCUGAAAAAGAAUUAAGUUUGGAGGGAUUCUCUUUUUAAAUAACACCCCAUUUUAUGCUC